UUUACAAGGAUGCAGAUGAGACAUACAUUUCAGAGAACGGAUGAGUACGAGUCGAAAUUCAGCAAACACGAAGUUUUCGUUCCAAAAGAGAUUAAGUAUAUACUGUAACAGGACUAGCAGUAUAGCAGUAAAGCAAUAAACCAUCCAACAAGAAUUGUACAAGUUGGAAUUAACUAAAUGUACUAAAGAAUAUUAUCGCUUUGGGUUCAAUCCAUAUUUGCUAAAAAGGGUUAACGCCGUCUCUAUGAUCACCAGGUAACACAAUGGCCGUGACGAUGCUGUAUCUGCUUCUCGUUAUCUACUGGAUUUAUGGAUUAAACAUGGUUGUUGCCAAGGAAACGUUGAGAAUAGGUGGGAUCUUUCCAGAGGAAGAGGAUCAACUGGAAGGAACUAUGAAAUUCGCCAUUGACACGGUGAACGCUGAUCCCAAUCUUUUACCAAACUACAACAUUGAAUAUGUAGCAAAUUUUACAAAUCUGUUGGGAAAGUUCAAUACGAUUAUGGCAGUGUGUGACCAACUAAAGCAGGGAAUCACUGCGAUAAUAGGGCCAUUAUCAUCAACAUCAGUGAAGGCAUCCCAUCCUAUGUGCGGAGGCUUCCAGACGCCAAUGAUCGCCCCAUCUGCUACUGAUCCCACGCUGGUGAACGUUAUGGAGUACGAGUACCUUGUGAGGCUAUCUGCACCGGACUCAUUGCAGAGCCAGGCCCUUGUGGACUUGGUCAAGUGGUUCAGAUGGGACACGGUGGCAAUACUGAGUGACAAUUCAGAUUACGGUAUCAAUGGGCUUGUGCAGUUCCAGACGUUGGCCUCUUCAAAUAAAUGGAGAGUGGUCAGCGUCCAACAGUUCGAAGCUCAAGAUAACGCAUCAAACGUAGACGCCACUGAUCAACUGAGGCACAUCAAGGAGACGGGUUGCCGUGUGAUAUUGUUGAACACAUAUACCCCUAUGGCGCUCUCUGUACUGAAACAAGCGCACAACAUGGGGAUGAUGGGCAGAGGUUGGCUCUGGAUCGGAACCGAUGGCAUCACAACUUAUGGCGACACAUUUGAAAAUAAUUUUGAAUCAAACGACUUCUUGGAAGGGUUUGUAGGAAUCCGUCCCACAAGCUUCGAUGGCGCACUUUAUGACGACUUCAAGAAGCGUUGGCAGGCAGCAAACGGAACAAUGUACCACGGGGCAGGCAACAAUACUAGUUUUACUGGUAGUAUGCUCAGUUUCUACGAUGCUGUGCUCGUUUAUGCCAGUGCAAUGCACACAAUGCUGGAGGAGGACGGCAUCCGAUUAUCCACCAAAGUUUCUGACUGCAAGCAGAUUCCGGCUGUGCCCUGGGAUCAAGGGAAAGACUUACUCAAAUAUCUUAAACAAGUGGAUACGGACGGUGUACGGAUGCGGUUGCGAUUCAACGGUUAUGGGUCCCCUCUACACUCAAAGUAUGAAAUUGUGCGCUUUACAAAUCAAGGAUGGGAAAAGUUUGGUUCUUGGGAUGAGGAGAACAGACUUAAACUGACUCCAAAUAUCACUGACAUCACCACAUUGGGAGGUAAACCUUUACUGGAUAUAAUGGACUAUAGAGGUGACCUCAACAACAAAACACUUAAAGUGGCAGUUGUGGUGGAUCCACCAUUCGUUUUCAAAGAAGAGCCUUCCACGAAUAUAUCCUACACAGACAGUGUGGCAUGUGAGGGCAACAGUUGUUUCACUGGACUUGCUAUUGAUAUCCUCAAGCAGAUCGCGGAGGAGCUCCAGUUUAACUACGUCAUACACGAGGCCAGCACAUAUGGCUCGAGGAAUGAGUCAACGGGAAAGUGGACAGGGAUGGUGUCAGAGCUUAUAGCAGAUAAUAAUGGUGACACGAAAUCUGACCUAGCCGUUGGUGCAUUCACAAUCACAUACGAACGUCAGCAAGUGAUUGCAUUUAGUAAACCAUUCCUGGACUUCCAAAUGGGCAUUCUUAUGGGCUCCCUGGCUGAUCCUACCUACAGCCCGUGGUCGUUCCUAAUCCCAUUCACAUACGAGUUGUGGGGUUUGAUUCUCGGUACUACGGUGGCCGUGGCCCUAACUCUUAGCUGUAUUGAUAAGCUCAGUCCUUAUGGGCAUCAUGGGCGAAAAGCGCAGGUUGUUCCACGAGAUAAAUCAGUUCACAAAAAAAGUGAAGAAGGUAAAAAAGCCCAAAUUGCCCACGAGGACGAGUUUGAAGCCAUGGACAAGAAUGAGGACGGUACAAUAGAUCACUGGGAGGUACUGGAAUGGAAACGCGAGAAACGUAAUUUCAACAUUCACAACGCAAUAUUCUGGUCAUUUGCAUCAUUGUUCGAGCAAGGGGGAGAGGUUCAUCCAAAAUCUUGGUCAGGUCGAGUGGGUGCUACUGCAUGGUGGUUUGGAGCGCUGAUCAUUAUCGCUACAUAUACAGCCAACCUGGCUGCUUUUUUGACCAUAAAGGCCAGUAACGUGGAUGUCAACUCAAUCGAAGAUCUCAAGGCAUCAGAUUUAAAGUAUGGUACCAUUGAUCAACAUCAAGUACAAACGUUCUUUGAUACAUCAGUGAGAGACCCCUAUAAACAAAUGGGUGACAAUAUGAGAAAAUGGGAGACAUACUUUGACACUACAUUUGAUGCAGUAAAUCAUACCCAACAAAACAAUGGAUCAUUUGCGUUACUUCUCGAUCUGCCCUUACUCAACUAUUGGAAAGGCCAGGAUUGUCUUUUAAAGGUAGUAAGCAAUGGAUUUGGUAUGGCUGGAUAUGGGUUUGGUCUCUCUAAGUCAUCACUAUAUGCCGAGGACCUUACUGUGCAGAUAUAUGCCAUGAGAGAGUCUGGAGCAAUUGAUAAUCUUAUAGAUAAAUGGGUAAGCAAAUCAGCCACAUGUUCCCAGGCAGAUAGUGGAGGCAUAGACGAAGAGACAGUGGAGGUUGGGAUGCCUUCUCUAUGGGGCGUCUUCUGGAUAAUAUAUGUGGGCUUUGGCAUCAGUUUCCUUGUGCUUGUAUUGGAAUGGAUCAUACAUAUCAGCAUCCAUGUAGACCCCACAAAUAAAGAAAAAAGUAAAACAUUCAAAGAAGAAUUACAGCGGAGGCUUUCUGUGUUAAAAGAUGAUUUCUGCCACAAUUGGUUUCCGCUUAGUUGUAAGAAAGUGAACACGCUUAAAGAUGAGAUGAACACAGCUUUAGCUGAACAAAAUUCAUUAGCACACAUUGAUGGAGUCACACCAAAUGGAUCACACAUAAGUAUUAGUUCAAGAUUCUCAAACAGAAUACACAGUAUGCAAAGUCCAGACAUGAAUGGGAACAGUAGUCGGAAUGGUCAUCUGCGGAAAUAUAGAAUAACUGAAUGUUGAGUUCAACAACAACGAUACAACAAGUUGCAACUAAUAAACUAUUAUUUUGUUCAACGAAUGUGCUGUUGGUGUUCAGAUAUACAUGAGAAAGCAGACCAGAGAGCAUAAUAUGAAAUUAUUGUUUUUGUAAACAGUAUGUAUUGUUUAUUUAAAAAUGAGCAUAAUCUGAUAAUAAAUAGGUGAUAUUUGAAAUAUAGUAAGUAAGAUCAUGAAGAUAAUCAUAUUGACAUGCAUGUAUGUAUCUUAUAUAUAAAACAAAAUGUUUCAAAUAUAUUUGAAUUUGUCAAAAAUCUUGAUAUUAGAUAUUUUAAUUAGGCGUCUAUUGUUUUGCAUUAUGACAUAACAAUCAGAAUGAUAUUGGUUAUCUGAUAUUCUAAUAUCAUAAGCGUUGUGUUAUCAUAAGUUAUGCCACUUAUACACACAAA